AAAACAAAAAAUAUUUAUUCGCGCAGUUAAAUUAAAUCACACAAAACACAAAAACGUCUCAAGUAAUAAAAUAUCUUACACACCGAUUGGAUAUAACUUAAAACGUUUAUAUUGAUUGAUUUAUUGGUGGUGUAAUAUCAACAGUUUGGAUGGUGCCUAAGUGGAAAAGUGCACAUUUUUCGCGCAGUUUUAUUGCGUGUAAAUCGAAAAGACGCUCGUUCAAGUUAAUACAGAAUUUUAAACAAAGAAGUUGUCCUCAAAAGAGAAGCUAUUAUUGUUUCGCGCAGUUUCGAGAAGUGAAACUGAUUGAAUUUUAAACUAAAUUCAGUAGAAUUAGGACUUUAAAAGCAACCCCAGAAGUUUUCAAGGGUGAAAUUGCUAUUUGGUACCAUAUUUCGUGCAGUUUCGGGAUCAUACAUUUUGAAGAUUUUGAAUCAAAUUACUUCAGAACACGAAGAAAGGACAUUUUGACUGGUGAAAAUUGAAGAAAUACGCAUUUCUGGCAGUUUCGAGAAGUUGCUAGACAACAUAUUUGGUGUAUUAUUGAAACAAAUAAGUUGCAUUUGAAGGAUAAAAUAUUUUUCUCAAAGACUUAAACAGUAUUGUGAAGAAAUUCAUAUAAGAGCUUUCAUAUUAAGAAGUUGCAAAACUACAAACUAUCAAAUACAAAAUAUCGAAGGAUUUUUUCUAUAAUAAUAUAUUCAAUUUUGGACGUAGUACUUAAUAUUUUCAAUAAAGUAGCUUAACAAGUACUUACUCUAUAUCUUUCUACAAUACAAAAAAAAAAAAAUCUACAACUUUACAAAUUUCGUGCUCUUUCGAGAAGUUUUUUGAAAACAAUAAAAACAAAAGAAAAAAAUCAAUUUUUAAGCAAAAUAAUUAUAUACGAUACAAUUACAUCAGUAGAAGAAAAAAAAUAAGCAACUUUCGUGCUGUUUCGAGAAGUUUCAUAUAAACACCACACAUAAACAAAAAGUCCAGAAAUUUAUUGGUACCAAGAGAACAAAAAUAUUCUAUUUGCUGAAUUAACUGUGUUCAAUUCUACAACAAGAAAAAUACAAAAAAAAAAAACUCACCACAUUGAUUAUAUUCACCACAAACAUCUAGAAAUUAAAAAAAACUUCCUCAAAAAACACAAAAAACUUUAAUUAGUUUUAAGUAUUUGUAAAAAUGGUUGUCAUUGGUGAUUCAAAUAAAAAUGCCGCCAAUCAAAAUGGCGGCGUUCAUCCCGAAAAAAUGAAAAUGCUCAAGCAGGAGCUUUUCCCCGAGGUGACUUUCUGUAAUAUCUCUGAGCGUUCGACCAGCGUUGUAACCAUCAAUGGUUCUGGUGAUAAAGGAACCGUAAAAAAACGCACACGUUUGAUAUCAAAUGAAUCUGGUGAUUCAAUAGAAUCUUCAACAUCAUCGGAUAAGAAAAAGCCCGAAAUUCCCGAUGGUGGAUUUGGAUGGGUUGUUGUCUUCGCUUCGCUUAUGGUAUCAAUGAUUGCCGAUGGAAUAUCAUUUUCUUUUGGUUUGAUCUACACCGAAUUGUUGGCAUACUUUCAUGAAAGUAAAGCAAAGACUGCAUGGAUUGGAUCGUUAUUUUUGGCAGUUCCACUUCUCGUUGGACCUGUUAUGUCAAAUUUGGUGGACAAAUAUGGCUGCCGUAAAAUGACAAUAAUCGGAGGUUUACUAUCCUCAUUUGGAUUUGCCUUAUCGGCGAUUGGAACUUCGGUAGAAAUGUUGUAUCUAACUUUUGGAAUUAUAUCCGGAUUGGGUUUGGGUAUUGGCUAUGUUACGGCUGUAGUAUCAAUUGCCUUCUGGUUUGAUAAGAAACGAACUUUUGCCACGUCUAUUGGAGCAUCUGGAACGGGUAUUGGAACUUUUCUAUAUGCUCCAUUUACUCAGUGGUUGAUUGAUUAUUAUGGAUGGAGGGGGGCAACCUUAAUACUGGCCGGAACUAUGCUCAAUACCUGUGUGUUUGGAGCGCUGAUGAGAGACCCAGAUUGGUUGAUUGAAGAAAAUCGAUUAGAAAGCCGAUCCCAGAGUGUGACAACGUUUUCAAAUUCAAGUGUUUGCUUGGAAGAGAUUAAGAAGCUCCUUGAAACCGGUAUAACCAAGGAAGCAGUAUUGGACACUCUAGUGACGAACUACAAUACCGAAGCGAAUCAGCAAAUUGGGGAUCCUAUGGCGAAUAGUCUGAAGAAAUAUCGAAGUGAGCUAUUUUUACCAACUUACUUGGGAUCACAGGAGUUGGACAGUAUCUAUGAGGUCAAGAGUCUAAGUCGCCGAUCUCUUCGUCAAAAAGUCGGUGCUGAAGCUCCAUCAAGGGAAAACCUUCUAUCAAUGUCGUCAGCUGGAAAUCCAACUGUUGCCGUUGUCUCAGGAAACGAAGACAACAAGAAACCCUAUUUGGCCAGCAUGGAAACUCUAUCCCCAUCAGAGAAGAUAUCCAACUUCUCCUUGCACACUCGUGAUAGUUCAACUGACGAAGGUUACCUUACCCAAAAGCAAGGCAAAGAACAUGAACGUUUCGCCAGCAGUCGUUAUUCCCUAAAUGAAAAUAUAUUCGGAAAUACCAACAAUUCAUUGGUAAACAUUCGAAAUAAUUGUCAUCGUCGUAAUUCUUUGGAUAUUUUAAACGAUGAUCUGUAUCAUUGUUAUUCGAUGUCAACCAGAGACGAAUCGACAGCUCUGAUUGAGGCAAAUGUUAAUAAGCUAAACGGUACUGUGAUUGUAAUUCCUGAAAAUGAAGUUGCACAAUAUAAUAAUGGAAUAACGGGAUUGCGAAGAUUAUCGAGGACAAAAAAAUUCAACCGUUCGAAUUUGCGUCGUAAUGUUUCGAUAAGGAAUUCAAAUUUCCUCAAGGAUAUGCGAAUUCAUCGUAAUUCGAUACAUUAUCGUGGUGCUCUAUUGAAUACACAUCGUUAUAGGUUGAGGGCGUCAUCGUGUCCGAAUAUUUAUAGGAAUUCAAUGACCACCAUUGCUAAGGAAGUUGAAGAUACAUGGUAUGAGAGUUUUGUUGAUGUGAUGAAAUCGGCUUUUGAUUUUUCCCUAUUUUUGGAUUUGAAAUUCUCAAUUUUCAACCUGUCAACUUUGUUGCUGUUUAUUUGGUUCAUUAUUCCCUAUUUCUACAUCGUUGAACAUAUGAAAACCUACAACUAUACGGAAGAAGAUAGUGCUCAUUUGAUUUCGAUAAUUGGUAUCUUUAAUACAAUUGGUAUGAUCGUACUUGGUUUUAUCGGUGAUCGUCCGUGGCUGAAUGUAAAUAUUUGUUAUGCUGUUUGCAUGGUUUUAUGUGGGCUGUCAGUUGCCUUAAUACCAAUUUUUGUCGAAAGUUACAUAACACUUGUUGGUCUAUGUAUGCUGUUUGGUUUAACGUUCGCGAGUUCAUUUUCGUUUACACCCAGUAUUUUAGUGAGUCUGGUUGAUUUGGAUGAUUUUACGUGUGCAUAUGGUUUGGUGCUAUUGGUGCAAGGACUUGGAAUUAUUGUUGGUCCACCAUUGGCUGGUUUCAUCUAUGAAGUUACACUGAGGUGGGAUGAUUCGUUCUAUGCCGCUGGAUUCUUCAUAGCUUUAUCCGGAGUUCUUGCCUAUUUAAUUGAGUUUUUCGAAAGAAGAGAAAAACGUCUAAAAGGAAGUGAUAGUGAUUCUUAGGAGCACAAAGGCAGUCUUUAUAAUAAUAUUAUAAGAAAAUUCAAUUAAUUUUGUAUAUGAAAUAAUUAUUUCUUUAUAUUUCGUUGUCCUAAUAAGAGAAAAAAAAAAACAAAAAAAUUACUUUUUUAUCUGAUAAUUAAUUUUAAUUAAAAUUAAAAUCUUUAAACAAUAUACUUAAAACAAAAAAAAAAAAAAACAUAUAUAAAUUUAUUUGGACAGUGCAUCACUGCCCUUCGGACAACAACAUAGAAAUCCUAAAUUUCUAACCGAAGAACAAAUUGUUAAAAAAAAAAAUAAGAA